ACAUGUUGAGAUGGUACAGUGUAGUAGAGUUUGUGGAGAAGCAUCAUCCAUCUCAGUUCUCCAAGUCAGUUUCUCCCACAGGAUGGCAGUGCCGUCCUGGAGUGAUAAAGGCAACAUGAGUCAGAGGGAAACACCUGAUAGCCAGAGUCCAGUCAGUGGGAGGAAGUGGACUGCAGUGUUUACACAGCUGAAGGCAGUCCUUCCUGAGGUGACGGACAAUCCCCUCCAUACACAUCAGCCAGGCGAUUGGGUGCUGAUUAAGGACUUCAGGAGGAAGCGGUGGAGCCAACCCAGGUGGAGAGGACCAUUCCAAGUACUACUGACGACACAAAACCGCAUGGCCUUGGACAUGCUCCUCGCUAAGGAAGGGGGAGUGUGCUCGAUGAUAGGCGACCAUUGUUGCACGUACAUACCGCCCAGUGAUGCACCUGGAGGUAAUAUCUCCAUGGCCUUGGACCACAUGAGUAAGAUUGCUGACCAACUUCGUGCUGAAGAAGCCGGAGUGAGACCUUGGGACUGGAAACGGGGAUCUCUAUUCUCAAUGUGGAAAAGUAUUGUAAUUAUGAUUCUCCCAUCCAUUUUACUACUUGCCUUGAUUAUAUGUUGUGGACCCUUGUUAUGUCAAUGUAUGCUUAGUACUAUUCGCAUGAAUAUGGAUACCAGAUACCAACUUAUUCAGGUCACUAAAGAGGACCUGGAUGAGGAUAACACCCUGUACCUGCACACUGUAUUCUCUGAUAAUUAACAAAUGAUUGUAUAAGAAUCAAAGGGGGGAAAUGUGAUGGAAAAUGAUACGAAACUAUGUAUUAUGUGAUUCAUAUAAAAUCACACUGA